CACAAGACCUUCCAUCCGCAGCGACGCGCAACCCCCGCGUCUCGAGCGAAAAUUCCCCAUUUUCCCCGCGCCCUCAUCCCGUCGUCGUCGAGAGAGGGAGGGAGAUGGCGUCGGUGUCGGAGAUGCAGCCGCUCGCGCCGGCGGGGUACCGCCGCGCGCCGGAGAUGAAGGAGAAGGUGGAGGUGUCGGAGGUGGACCUGGAGGCCGGGACCGGGGAGACGCUGUACCCGGGGAUCUCGCGCGGGGAGAGCGCCCUCCGCUGGGGCUUCGUCCGCAAGGUCUACGGCAUCCUCGCCGCGCAGCUGCUCCUCACCACCGCCGUCGCCGCCCUCACCGUCCUCCACCCCACCCUCAACGCCACGCUCUCCGACUCCGCGGGCCUCGCCCUCGUGCUCGCCGUCCUGCCCUUCAUCCUGAUGAUCCCGUUGUAUUAUUAUCAGCACAAGCACCCCCACAAUUUCGUUUUCCUGGGUCUGUUCACUUUGUGCUUGAGCUUCAGCAUUGGUGUGGCUUGUGCUAACACUCAAGGAAAAAUCGUUCUAGAGGCUUUGGUAUUGACAGCUGGUGUGGUUGCUUCUUUGACUGCUUAUGCCUUCUGGGCUUCAAAGAAGGGCAAGGAAUUCGGAUACCUGGGGCCUAUUCUGUCUUCUGCUCUUACUAUCCUUGUCCUAACAAGCUUUCUUCAGAUUUUCUUCCCAUUGGGACCUUUAUCGGUUGCUUUAUUCGGCGGGCUUGGAGCUUUGGUCUUCUCAGGCUUCAUUCUGUAUGACACCGAGAACUUGAUCAGGCGCCACACCUAUGAUGAGUACAUCUGGGCGUCUGUUGGGCUCUACCUUGACAUCCUGAACCUGUUCCUUUCCAUCCUGAACAUGCUCAGGAGCAUGCAAUCCGACAACUAGUGGGCUCCCAUCUGCACGAGCUGGACCUUGUGCGAACCUGUUCAGGGCAUCGUCCUUUGUAUGGUGCCGUGGUCUUUUGAACUGUAAUACGUAUACAGAUACAGUCCUGCGAGUCUGUGACUAUCGUCAGAGGGUGAGAUCAAAGUACAACACGUGUAUAAUUCUUAGUUCGAGUCUGUCUAAUUUAACACUGCCACGGUCACGUGCGUGUUACAGUGAUAUUGUGAUAUCAUGCUGCCGAUAAUUGUCA